AUGGAUUAUAUAGUGAUCUUGGUAGGCUGCUUUAGCCAAUUGAUUGCCAUCCUAUGGCUAUAUAUUUAUCAGAACUCCCAAGUCAUGCUGCUACGCCAAAUAUCCAAUGCCGCACAAGAAAUGCCUCGAAUCAAAUACCAUCUUCAAUGUGGCUCUUUGUCCCUCCAUGAGCUGACGAAGAGACUCUACAUUAGUGAUAAACUACACUCGAUUUGCCAGGAUGGGAUGGUGCAAAUUUAUGGUAUCCCUUUACUGUUUAUAUAUUUCAACUUAAUUGUUGAUGCUGUGCAAAUUGUUUACAUGGCUCUACCUAAAGAUACACUAUGCUAUAAGGACUUGCUGCUUCUUAUUAGAUGGAUGCUGCCGCUCACUAUUUAUUUGAGCUUGCCUUUGCUAAUAAACUUAGAGGAAGAGUUAAAGAUAAAGAGCUUCUAA